AUGGGAGAAAUCUUUCUUGCAGCAUUCCUUAAGGUGUUGUUGGAGAGAUUGACCUCUCGUGACUUCCUCAACUAUGCACAGCAGAAAGGAGUUGCCAAAAAGCUUGAGAAAUGGAGCGAGACGGUGUCUGAAAUUGAGCAGCUUGUCAGUGAUGCAGAGGAGAAUCAACUGAUGAUCAAUGAGGCAAUGCACCAGUGGUUGAUUGAGCUCACGCAUUUGGCCUAUGAUGUGGAUGACAUACUCGACAAGUUGUCCACUCAGAUGCUGACAGGAAUGGAUGAAACUGGAGCUUGCUCAACAUUGCAAAGGUCACCGAGUUCUAUUGUGUUGAAUACACCUGUGGCUGGAAGAGAUGGGGAAAUAAGAAAGAUUGUUGGAUCAUUGUCAAGAGACUAUGAGUCUUCUCGUACCACCAAUUUUCAUUCAGUUGGCAUUGUUGGUAUGCCAGGAGUCGGCAAGACAACAGUUGCAGCACAUGUCUUCAUAGCUGAUGCUAUGGAACAGUUUUACCCAAAGGUGUGGGUAUCUGUGUCUCAUAACUUCAAUCUUGAAAGAGUGACGAGAGCUAUUUGUAGGAAAGUCACAUCCCAGCCAUGUGAUCAGAAUGAUUUCAGUGAAGUGCAAGAUGAUUUGAAUAGGGCAAUAGCAGGUAAAAGAUUUUUGAUUGUUUUAGAUGAUGUCUGGAGCACAUGUGACUACGAGUCAUGGACAACAAUGCAGUCCCACUUCCGUGUUGGAGCACCAGGAAGUAAAAUACUCGUCACAACACGUGAAGAAAAAGUUGCAAAAUUGAUUGGAGCCACUGAAGUGUACAAUUUGAAGGUUCUAUCAGGUGAAGAGUGUCUGAAUGUAUUUAUGCAACAUAUUAACAAUCACAGACCACCAAAUUUUGAUGCAGUAUUUGCCAAGAAAAUUGUUGAAAAAUGCAAUGGACUGCCAUUGGCGGCAAAAACUCUUGGUGGUAUUUUACGUUGUGAAGAAGUUGACAGAUGGAAUGAAGUAUUGGAUGACAAGUUGUGGAGUAUAUCAAAUAACGAGAGUAACAUACUCCCAGUUUUGAAGCUGAGUUAUCAUUAUCUUCCUUCAACUUUAAAGAGGUGCUUUGCCUAUUGCUCAAUAUUUCCCAAUAACUAUGAAUUUGGGAAGACGCAAUUAAUCCUUCUAUGGAUGGCAGAGGGUAUUCUUCAGCAGCCAGAAGGAAAUAACCAGAUGGAAGAUAUUGGUGGCAACUAUUUUGAGGAGCUGUUAUCUAGGUCAUUAUUUCAAAAGUUGAGCAAAAGUAAUUCACUUUAUGUAAUGCAUGACCUUGUUGGUGAUUUGGCACGGUGGGCCUCUGGUGAUACAUAUUUCAGAUUGGAGGAUAAGGUGGAUGGCAAAUGCUCUCCAAAGACUCGUCAUUCUUCUUACAUUUCCGGUUACUUUUGA